AUGACCCCAACCCAUUUUGCCUUUUCCUCAAUAUUCUUUUUAGGUUUGGCAGGCCUAGCAUUCCAUCGAACCCACCUCCUUUCUGCUCUGUUAUGCCUAGAAGGUAUAAUACUCUCCCUCUUUAUUGCACUAUCAUUAUGGGUUCUCCAACUGGACUCAACAAGCUUCUCACCUUCCCCUAUAAUCCUACUAGCCUUCUCAGCUUGUGAAGCAAGCGCCGGUUUAGCCCUUCUAGUAGCUACUGCCCGAACACACGGCACUGACCACUUAAAAAACCUUAACUUACUACAAUGCUAA